CUAAAGCGCGCGCUAGCGUUGCAAGCCACAGACCGAGCGAGUGUGUGCGAUGAAUAGUUUUAGUCCGAACGCCGACGAGUGACGCAUGUUUACGACGAGCCUACUGUGCUGACUCGAACCGCGAUCGAUCGUGAACCGCUGUGAACGUCACUUCGUUCGUUAGUCGCGAGUUUCGCACUCAUGUUGGAGAGUUGUGUUGUUUGUUUGUCAGUCCGUUUAACGUUUGACAAGUGAGAGUGAGAACAGUUUGUAGGAACCUAGUCAUAAACAAUCAAUUUGAUGUGGUCGUGUUCCUUACCUUGUGUAAAUACAAAAAAAUCUGGAUUACAAAUGGAUAUUACCAAAGUGGCAUCCAAUGGCCCCGCCUCAACAUUAACGCUAUUUAAGAGCGGACCGCGUGAGGCUAAGAUUCGACCUCUCGCGCCACUAAUGCUACCGACGCCAAGUUACGACUCAAACGCCGGCUCUCCGGCCUCGUCGCCAUCCACACCUUGUUCUUCAUCAUCUUUCUCCAUUGAUAAAACCGACAACCACGACACAUUUGGCUUUAGUGCGGACGCAGCUGAUAUGAGAAAGGAAGAUGAACGUAUGAAGACAUUCGAAAAAUGGCCCGUCAGUUUUUUAACUGGAGAGCAACUUGCUCGUAAUGGGUUUUAUUACCUUGGCCGUGGAGAUGAAGUCCGUUGCGCUUUCUGCAAAGUGGAGAUUAUGAGGUGGGUCGAGGGCGACGACCCUGCGAAGGACCAUCAGCGUUGGGCGCCACAGUGCCCAUUCGUGCGCAAGCUGAACGGCAGUGCCAGUAGCGAUACGAGUAGUUCGGGCCAAGAUGAGUGUGGUGCCCGCGCCGCUCCCUCCGGCACCUCUCCACCGCGUAUGGCCGGUCCCGUGCACCCACGAUAUGCAUCUGAAGCCGCACGACUGCGCAGUUUUAAAGACUGGCCCCGAUGCAUGCGACAAAAACCUGAAGAACUCGCCGAGGCUGGCUUUUUCUAUACUGGUCAAGGAGACAAAACCAAGUGUUUCUAUUGCGACGGUGGAUUAAAAGAUUGGGAGAACCAUGACGUGCCCUGGGAACAGCAUGCACGGUGGUUUGACCGCUGUGCCUACGUACAGUUGGUGAAAGGUCGAGAAUAUGUUCAAAAGGUGAUUUCUGAAGCUUGCGAGUUAUCUGCAUCAGAAGCGGAACGUGAUGUGGCACCCUCACGAACUGCCACCGAGCCCAGCGCGCCUACAGAGUCGCCGGAGAACUCAGUCGACGAUUCAAAGUUGUGUAAAAUUUGUUAUGCGGAAGAGCGUAACGUGUGCUUCGUGCCGUGCGGCCACGUGGUGGCUUGCGCCAAAUGCGCGCUGGCGGCCGACAAGUGCCCCAUGUGCCGGAGGACGUUUCAGAAUGCAGUGCGAUUAUAUUUCUCGUGAGAAGAGCCGCCAGUUUGAAGGCUCAAUUCUAGUCUUAAGGGACGGCCGGACAGAGCUGUGUGCUGAAACCACGAGCUCGUAUGUCACGUUUCCACAGGCGGAGAAACCUAUUAAAACAUUGUUUGAUAGAUGUGAUAGGUACUCCCUAGCUAGUGUUUCAAAGGACGCGUAACGUCGAUAGAGUCCUCAGGAGUAAGACAGAUAUACUUAGUUAUAGUGAAUUAUAAAAUAGUUAGCAUACAUUAAGAAUAUAUAAUAUUGAUGACGCUUAUUACUUUAAUUACACGAUUCAAUUUGACGUGUUAUUACAAUUAUUUAUUUUACACAAGUGAAACAAAGCUUUGUGUGACAUUGAAACUUACCAAUAGAAUUUCAAAAGUCAAAUGUGAUAAUUCCAUUUAUCGGUAAUGACCCGAACCCAUUUUUGGCAAUACUUUUAUGGGAAUUACUAGAUUUCUGACUGUGGAAGCGUGACCUUACUGAGGUCGCCCUUGUGAUCUAAUAAUAGGCGGUGGGGCAAUUAACACUCCGCGUGAAAUAGUAAUUUAUAAGACAAUAUAAUUUUUGAUGUUAACAUUAUUUUAAAUUAUUUAUAAAUAUACAGGUCGUGCGCGUUUUGGUACAAUUAUAAAGUUGUCAAAUAGAUUCAUAUGCAA